ACCAGAAGAGCCGGGCGAAAAAACCACAGUUGGCGAUGCCGGCUAGUGUUGUGAGGUCCGUUGAGCCUCUCGCGCUCUAAUUUAAAUUGUCACCACACGGACGGACUUUUAGUAAUCAUCUAAACGCGACACAAUAAACACCCUCGCUAUGAGUAACGUGUGAGAAAGUAAAAGGCUUUUGCUAGCCAUUCGCGGUAAAGUCUUCCUUGAAAAACGUUAAAGAUCUUUUCUUCUUCUAAUUUCUUUUUUCUUUUAUCCUUCUGUACUUGUAAUUUAAUUUAAUUGGAGACUGUUUAUACGAUCUAUAAAUCUUCGUGCGCGUUCAAGUUUAGCUAAAAGCUCAAAGGAUGUACCGGUGAGAGAAAUAAUCGUACGAUUCUCUGAGGAUCGUUGACCGUUUAUUACGAAGAAGUAUAUUAAUUAUUAAGAUUGUGCGUCGAUUUAUACGAAGAGGGAAGAGUACACGAAGAGAAUACACCGUGGGAAUCAAAUUUUUUACCUUUGGAAUUUUUCUUCUGCAAUAACAAGUCUUAAUGUGUUCAAUAGCCAUGCCAUCCGAACUUAUUCUGGGGCACAGUCCUCCGGUCUACAGUUCCUUACUGUACAGUCCUCUGGUGGUCACCGCACCUACGGUCAACACCAGAUCUGUACCACCUAGGAUAAGACCAUGCUUGUCGACUGGUUCUCUGCCGUUGAACAGUCUGCAGAACAACAAGCAAAAGAAGAGGGUGGUCUUUGCGGACGAUCGCGGCCGUCCGUUAACACAGGUACGCGUGAUGUCCGAACCCAGCAACGUACCGCCAUUGUGGACAAGUGCCUAUCUAGCUGGUGUGACGAGAGGUGUCAAAGCAGAGGCCGUCGCGACGCCCUGGGCGCCGACGUUCCUUCAACCCGCGAGCGACUAUCUAGCCUUUCGUAAGAAGCUGGACCUGGAUGCUGUCAGUCUGGAGAACGUCAUAGUACGCGAGGCCGAACAGUGUCUGGUCGGUACUGUCAAGGUCAAGAAUUUGGCUUACGACAAGGAGGUCAUCGUCAGGGUUAGCAGCGACUCUUGGGUGUCGCACGAGGAUGUUUACUGCACGUACGUCGAGCAACCUGGGACACCGCAGGCGGCGCUUGUUCUCUACGACACCUUCCGCUUCCGGCUGACCCUACCUGUCAAAUCGGACAAGAUCGAGUUUUGCGUUCGUUAUUGCAUCGACGGCAAGGAGUACUGGGACAAUAACGGGGGGACGAAUUACGUCGUGCGAAAGAAACAGGAGAUACUUGCGAGCAACGUGAAUUCGCUGUGCCAAAAACCUAUUGACGGGCUGCUGCCAUUGUUCGCAGACCUGAUUAUUAUUCCACGGAAGGAUCCUUAUCCACGUAAUCCUUAUCAAACUUUAUUCCGCUGUCAUGAAUAUUUCGUUCUUAGAAAACUACUUGAAAUUGUUUCGUAUACCACUUUCCUAAUAAUAAUCAUAUGUCCUCACUUCCUUCAGCUCCUUCUUAUGCUUCGUGAUAACGCUGCUACCAUUACUACCGAUAUCACGGCUGUUACUAUUUACUACUGCUACUAUCAUCACUGGAUAUCAUUGCUGAUACUACACUGGAUCGCUGCUCGUCCUCUUCUUCACGUUCCACGCUAACUUUAAGCUACAGCCACACUGAGUGAGUGUUCGUUAAAUGUAGGUGGUCGUAGAUCAUGCGAACGACUGUGGACGGGGCGAGAAAGGCAGAUAGAGAGAAAGAGAUAGAGACAGAGGAUGAAGGCAAUAAGGGAGUAAUGUCACUAUAAAUUAUAUCGAACGUACGCUCUGUCUCUCUCUCUCUCUCUCUCUCUCUCUCUCUCUCUCUCUCUCUCCCUUUCUUUCUUAUACUGUCUGUCGUAUCCUCUUGUAUUAUUAUCACGUGCGUAAAAGUGCCUACGGUUAUUGUUUCCUGUUGAGAAGUGAUCUUGUACACGAGGAGGAUGGAGAAAAAUUGGUAUCGACGGAGACAAUUUUCUAAAACCAAACUACAAGCUUUCCCAUUAUCUGUGACGAUGCAGAAUAAACAACUUUUGUUCAUCCUCCUUAUCGAUCUUGUUACAAUCACGUGCGUCAUUAGGGAUGCGUCGAAGCGAUUGAUAAAAAUUGUAUACUGUACCUAAUAAUUGUUGUAUAUACUUUGGAGAAACGAGGGAGUCUCAUAUCACGGGAAUAAGGACUUUUGAUCGAGGGAGCGAUUAACUGAAAUAACCUUCAACUGUCCCGGGUUACAUUUUAUCAAUUAUUCCUCUUUUCAUCUUUAUACAUACACAUAUAUAUAUAUAUAUAUAUAUAUAUACGUAAUUAUCUUAUCUCUUUAUUGUUAUUAAUAUUUAUCGGUGCUACUGUUACGUCCUCGCUCGCGUUGUACAUAAUUAUAUGGGCGUGCACGUUGAAUUUAAUUGAGAUUUUGUAUUCUUAUUCCAGCGGGCUGUCGUUAUACGUAAUCGUGAAUUAUUUCGGAGCACCGGAUAUAUAUUUGGAUAUGUCCAAGUAAAGUAACGUGGGCAAUUUGGUAAAGCUCAAGUUCCCAAGGAUUUACGUCAUCGGUCAGAAUUUACAAGCGACAGCGUCUCUCUUUUCUCUUAUUUUUUUUAUAUUCUUUUAAUCGUAUCCUUUAUUACUUCCUCUCCUUUGGGAAGGAAUCCAAGAGACGCGUGUACGCGGAUACGAGCACGCUCAAAUCAAUGUAGGGGCUAUUCGUGAAUUCUCGAAUCUGUUGCGGUCUAGAAGAUUGUACAUACAUAUAGAUAUACAGUGAUACGUUUCUGUGGCCGAUGAUGCUGGCUAAGAAAAGGGAAAAGAAAAAAGACGAAAUAAAUAAGGUUGAAGACAGAAGCUUAUAUUUCUAAGGAACUUUGAUCAUCGCGCUCACGAAACGUUUUUCGGUGAUGUAGCCUUAUCACGUGACUCGAGGCGGAAUCCCAAUUUUUCAGUAACAUUUUUAUCUUCGACCCAGUCAAUGAAACCCAUUCAUCCCUCGGUCGUCAAUCAUCGUCAAAUCUGCAUUACGCCCCUCCCCAAUUUUAACCUGCCUGUCAAUUUGGCAGAUACAAGCCUCUGUACUAGCGUAAGACUAUAUAAGCUCGCUCGUCAUCUUGAAAAUAUAAAAGGUCGUAGGUUAUGUAAGUCAUACAUCGUAUCACGUUCCGACGCACAAGUCCUACAGUUCCGCUGCCAAGUCAAAGUUCCCUGUCGGUGAGUUGUAUUUUCAAAAGAAAAAGAUAGAACAUAUACAGGAGAUUGGUUCCUUCGUUAAAUGCGAAUUUUCACAUAAUUUGGACUUUUUAGUAAACAUUUUUCUUUACCUUAGUCAGUUAUCUCUGUCUUUUUUGUCGUCGGUCCGUUCGAAAGAAAAUCACCGACCGGGAAUUCGUGCCGUCGGUACGAUGCAUUACUAUUACCAUUAUUAUUGUUAUUAGCUGCCGCUGUUCGUUCAUUAUCCCUAUUACCGUUGUUAUAUGUUUUAUCGUUACUGUUAACACCCGUUCCCGGAACGUAGAGAGAUAAACCGAGCUUUGGGGAACGAGAGAAAAUCGACGAAGAAGCUUCGCGUGGAAAGUCCUCCGUAAGGUUUAAAGAGAUCGAAUUGCGUGACCCUUGGAAGUCGCGAAGCUUGUUAAGUGCGAGAGGCACGUGAGACGUUCGGUUGUGUAAAGCGAAUGAGAACGCGAGAGACUGAUAAGCGUAAAAUCAAAGUGUAUCGAGAGAAAUGGAUGUUGAGAGAAAAAACGAUGGAAAGUAAAGAGAAGGAGAAACGGAAAUAAUGCGUAAGAGUAUUGUAUUCCUGCGAUAUUUAUUUUUAUACCCGAGCGUAUGUUAGACAGCCACGUGUAUAUAUGUGAGAAUGCCCGACUAAUUGGAGCGUGUAAAAAAGUGUAUGCCUGUAUUUAUUUCUAUUGACAAUAUGCGAAUCAGGAUAUUAUAUGUAAUGUAUGUGUAAGGCCUUACGAGAAUCUGUCUUCCAUUGGGGCUGCUCGAGCAAAGCCAGAACAGAGUGAAAGGAAUUGGACGUGUCGGAUUGGAUGUUGAAAUGAAAAAUUUGAAAAGUGACGCUUGGUAAAGGACGAAUUUGAUAUGCCGAGGAGCUUAUCAAAUUCGGGCAUUUACAUACGUGAAAUCUUGGCUCGGGUCAUGGAUCUCGCUAGUGAUCCUAAUCGUGGCUUCCGUAGUUUCUAAGGCACGAGGAGUGAUUAUACAAGGUUAGAUUAGAUUAGGAUUAGUCGUGAUAAUGGAAAAAGGGAAAAAAGGCGAUCGUUAUUUGAAAGUCAAUACGUCCGUGAAAAUUUUUUUUUUUCCGUUUUGGCUUCUUCGCUUCUCUCGCUCGCGGCACGAGCAAGUCGUAAACUCGCGAAUACUCUUGUCUUAGAGAGCCGUAAGACUGAAUAGCUUACCUUGUAAUAAUGUUAAUUAAUACGACUAUAAAUAUGUAAAUAAUAAGGCUAACACUUAAAAUCAAAUUGAAAGAAGAAAGGUCGUUAAGCUCUUGUAAAUAUAGAUGCGGUAUCUUCUUGGCGUU